AGCUAAAGCUAGACAAUGCCAUAAUAUUACUUUCUAGUGUUUAGGAACCGUGUGCGGGGGUUACAAAAGAAAUUAAGGAAGAUUUGCCUUUCAGGAUGUCCAGGUUUAAAAGUAAUAAAAGUAUUGUCGGAUUCUUGUGCUGCAUGAUGUUUCUAUUCGGCGCAGCAGUUUUUGUUGAUGGCGUGCUGGUUCGAUUUUCAAGCGGAUUUUUCGGAAACGAUGCUGUGACACUUCUGAACAAAGUGGAGUAUCAGAACAUAAAGCUGGGUUACCUGUUGUCAGCGCACGUGUAUGGUAUGAUUAUACAUGGAGGUUUUGUCAUGUUUAAAGCCGUGUUUGGAUUAUCCGCAGCAGUGAAAAGAAACAAGUGUGGUCUUCGUGCGUUUGUUGUCUUUAUAAUAAUACUGAUAGUGGUCGAGGCAGUGUCUGUCGGGUUCUGGAUCAGCGUGAGAGGAAGGUCAGGUGAAUGGUUGCGAGGUGAGAUGUUGGACCUUCUUGGCAGCUAUAAAGGACCCCAGGAUACUGACGAUAUAUCCAAAGGCUGGAACAAAUUGUUUAUGCAGGCCCGAUGUUGUGGUGUAGUUGACCAGUUUGCAAAUGGGGAUACCACAGGUGAUUUUCAAGAUACGCAGUCCCUCUGGUUCAACACAAACGCCAACAGUGAGAAGGUUCCUGCCACAUGUUGUCAGGGAGUUGAUGAUGAUGAUAUUUCCAGCACGAUAAACACGGCAUGUACAACAACACCGAAAAACUACUACACUCAGGGAUGUUACGAGGAGCUCAAAGAUUUGAUAAAUCUCCACAGUGUUUUGUUUUUCUGUGCGGCUGGUGGCCUCCUUAUACUUCAGCUAUUUGCCAUACUUGGAGCUUGCAUGUUAAUUGACAGAGGGAGUCGAGUUGAACCGAUGUUCAAAACCGAUCGUCCACCGACGCCGUUACCUAGGGUGGACAGGGUCAAGAACAUCAAGUUUUAGAUUUUCAUCGCUGAAAUUCAAAGAUACAAUUAAAUCCACUGUUUGUAAAGAUUACCAGGUAACGAGCUGUAGAGAUGUGAACAACAAAAUGAUAAUAUUUCUGUUCGACAUGUGUUGACAUUUUUCCAACGUUGAAAUCUCGAAUCAUAUUUCUCUAAUUUGAGUUAUCGAGAUUUUUGAAAAUCAAUCAUACACUUCUGAUUUUAAGGAUUGAAACAAGCUACACAUAUAGUGUUUGCUUAUGUACUUCUGAAUUUGAAAAUGAAAACAAAAUAUACAGUUUGUAACUUAACGUACUUUUAAAUUUUAAAGUAAAAUACCAUUUAUACGUUAUUGUUAUUUAUUAUAUUAUUAUUACUAUUAUUAUUUUUGUUAAUUAUAUAUAUGCUGUUUAACAUUGUUACUUACGUACUCUUUACUUUGAGAAGAAACUACAAGUUUCACAUUUUUGUAAGUAAUAUACAUAUAAAUUUGAAAAUUAAUACAAGCUACACAUUUUUGUAACAUAUACAUAUACAUUUGAAAAUAAAUUCAAUCUAUGCGCUUUGCAAGUUAGUACGUCUGAAUUUGAAAAGUAUAAACUAUUCACAAAUUAUUUAUUUUACUGAUUUGAAAAUAAAUUCGAACUAUAUACACUGAUACUGUGUUGCUGUUACGCUACUGUAUACAUGUAUAUGAAAAUAAAAUUUUGAUAUUAA